AUGCCAUGCAGAUCCAUACAGCAAGAAAAUGUUGCCACAGAAUCAGGAGGGUUGUCUCUUUACUUCCAUAGAAGUACAACAGCAGCUGCCAAUAUUGGGCGUGACAAGGGAUUAAGACUUUUGGGCUUGCGACAAGUUAAAGCUAAUACAAGACGAAGGAGGCUGUUUUAUACCAGCAGUCCAGAAAGUAGAAAACCUUCAGCAGGUUCAAAAGGAUUAGCAUUACUUCUUGAAGAUUGUAAACCCGGAUAUGCUGGUAACGGAGAAAGAUGUGGUUUAGACUCGGAUAAUGAUGGUCAUCCAGACAGAGGAGUUUCAUGUGUAGACUGGGGAUGUUUCAGGGACAAUUGUAUGUAUGUAUCUAAUAGUAAUCAAGAAGACAGUGAUGGUGAUAACAAAGGUAAUAAUUGUGAUGAUGACGACGAUAACGAUGGCAGAUGGGAUUAUCUGGAUAACUGCCAGUUUGUUUUCAACUGGGAUCAGUUGGACACUGACGGCGACGGUGUUGGCGACGUUUGUGAUAAUUGUCCAAAUGAUGUUAAUGCCGACCAGAUCGAUACAGAUGCCGACGGUGCCGGUGACGUAUGUGACUCUGAUGAUGAUGGCGACGGUGUGGUUGAUGGUAGUGACAAUUGUCCGCUAGUAGCAAACGCCGGACAGGAGAAUUCAGGUGACAGUGAUACUGUAGGAGACGCAUGUGAUAAUUGUGUCAAUGUAAAUAAUGACAACCAAUUAGACACAGAUCAGAAUGGUGUUGGUGAUGCAUGUGAUACCGUCGGUGGUAUCAAUAAAGAUGAAGAUGGAGAUAGUAUUUUGGACAUUGUUGAUAACUGUCCGGCCUAUCCGAAUGCUGACCAGUCGGACAUUGACUCAGAUGGCACAGGGGACCUUUGUGACUCGGAUAUAGAUGGUGAUACAGUUAUCAAUGGUCUAGACAACUGUCCGUAUUACAGUAAUGUAGGUCAAGAUGAUAUUGAUGGUAACGGCGUUGGUGACGAUUGUGAGACAGACGCCGACGGAGACACCGUUAUAGACAAGAAUGACACCUGUCCUCACAAUCCGGCAAUUAGUGCUACAAGUUUUAGCAAUUAUUUCACGGUCGACCUUGACCCAUCAGUUUCGGCAGGCGAACCAUAUUGGGAAGUGAAAGAUAAUGGUGCUGAAGUUCAGCAGACUGUUCAUACAUGGAAACCUGUGAUGCUUAUAGGUGAACAAGCUUAUGGAGCGGUUGAAUACGCCGGUACAUGGUUUACUAAAUAUUCAUCCGCAACGGACUACUUUGCCUGUGUUUUUGGAUAUACAAGCAACAGAAAAUUUUAUGUUGUAACAUGGAAAGGCGUUCAUUACAAUUAUGGAAAUUCAACAUAUAAAGCAGGCAUUAAAGGAAUCCAGCUAAAGGUGGUUGAUUCGAGCACCGGUCCUGGGACUACAAUGGCAGAAGCGAUAUGGCACAGUUACGACACGGUUGGAGAAACAAAACUAAUAUGGCAGGAUCCCGAUCUGCAAGGUUGGCUGCCGGAAACGUCAUACAGAUGGUUUAUUACUCAUCAACCGUCUGUAGGAUAUAUUAAUAUCAAAGUAUACCGUGGUUACACAUUAAUGGUUGACUCGGGCUCCAUUUAUGACUCAUCAAUAUCUGGUGGAAGACUUGGAGUGUUGCAGUUUGGUGACAUGUCCGUUAUCUGGUCCAACCUCCGAGCUGAAUGUUUGGACCAUAUUAAUCAAGCUUUACACUUUGAUGGUAUCGACGAUUUUGUAACACUAGAUGAUGUGUUCACUCUACAAAUCAAUCAAAGUUUCACGGUUGAGGCAUGGCUUAAGUUGGACAGCGGCUAUACGGCAGGACCAUAUCCCAUUUUCUGUACGUCUAACGGAAGCUUAUGUUUAUGGGUGGAGAAUUCAUUGAUUCAUGGACAAUAUGGCUCAGAAUCAGUAGUGUCGACGACCCCACUAUCUGCAGAUAUCUGGUAUAAUGUCAUUUACAGAAGUAGCAUAGAAGAUGGCAGCUUGACAAUAUUUAUUGAUGGCGUACAAGAUGGUUUAACAGGUUCUGCUUUGAUGGUUAACUGGACUGCUGAAGCGGAAACAAACGACUUAACUUUGUAUAUUGGUAAACAGAAUGACACUUUCUUCAAGGGCUCAAUAGACGAGCUUCGGGUUUAUUCUGUGGGCGUACCAGAUACGGAUAUUGUUUCACAUAUUAGCUUGGUAACACUACAAAGGCCUGUGUAUAAAGAUUACGGGGUAUUGCAUUUUAAGAUGGAGGAAUCACCAGGUGUUAGCAAUUUAACAAAUUCUGGUUUGCUCGCGGCUACUUCAACCCUCUCAGGUGGCAGCUUCGUCUCGAGUUAUCAGCAAUAUAACCAGUUUAAAUUGGCAUAUCCAAACAACAGACGUUAAAUCACUGUGGAACUGUGAACAUUUCAAAUACUUAGUAUCAACCGUAAGCUAAUCUUAUUUCACACAGUUCCCAGAAGACCAACUCAAGUACUAAUUGAAUCUUCACAGAAAUAGAAAGAUUACGAAAAUCUUCUGCGGUGUGUCAUGAUGUAUGGAUAUCGACUAAUCUUCAAAUUUUAUAUCAUUUUGUGAGCCAUGUUUUAUGGUUACUCCUUUCAUUCAUAUAUUUUUCUUAAGUACACAAACAACUUGAUCCGCCUUUUACAUAAUUUACUUUAACUGUGGCAAAAAACUUCCAUAAUUUUAAAUAUAAGUUUAUACUAACAAAGGCCCUCCUGAGACUUCUGAAAUAUGUAUAUUUUAUACAAAACUAUUGCCUGGCAGCUCUGAAUUAUCUUUUUAUAUACCUGGUAUAGUUUGAUAAUUAUUUUGAUCGUACAUUUUCGGAACUUAACGAAGGCGGGUUUUUACUUUACCUUUCAAUGAUGUCUCGUUUUGUUUCCGCAUGUGAUUUUUACGCGAAUGGGAAGAGAUUGGCCUUUGUACAUAAAAACUCUCGAUAAACUUUAAGUGUAGUUUAAUUUGUUGCACCAACGCUGUGUGUGAAAAUCACCUUUUUGAUUAAAUAAUUGAUAACAAAUUUUCUUUGGUCAAUUUGAUUUCACUCUCAUUGGUAGGGAUUUCAUUCUUGCCACGGAUGCAAGUUAAAUGUAUGAUCAUGAUGUGCUGGAUUUUUUUAAAUUAUUAAUUCGCAAUCAGUUCUUAACUGAGGUGUUCAUAUAUGUGUACUUAUUCUGUUUCCGCUGAUUGCAAUAUGUUUGUUUUUUAUUUGUUGAUAUUUGAUAAUUAAAACUUUUUGAAUUUUAAUUGAUUAAAUGUACUUGUAUUUGGUGUUCUGUUUAAUUUAUAUGUUUGAAUAUUUAAGGAUAUGAAGUAUAUUUCUAUCUCCAUCUUCAGGCAUUUAAUUGUUGAAAGGAAUUGGGCACACCGACAAUUUCAUUUCCUUUUGCAUUGAUUACUUCGUUUCUUAUAAGCACAUUUUCAAAACAUCUGUUUGUUUUUUUUAUUUAUAUUUAUCAUUUUACAUUAAGUAUUCGACUGUGAUAUAUACUUAAAUAUCGACAUUUCGUCCUUGUCUAAUUUUUCUUCUUUUAUUUCUCUUGUUUUUCAUAUAUUUUUUUUCUUUUUUUAACUAAUUGCAUACAUUAUUUUUGCGACCGGAGAUGGCAAAAUCUGAGGCAAGCAAUUGAAUUAUAUGUGCAAUACAACUGACAUUAUAAAAUACUGGAUAAAAGAACACAUAAUUAGAAUAUCGGAGGGAAAAUAACAUUUGGACUAAAUAUUCAGAAAAAGCACGGGACAUAUUUCUGUGAUGGAGCGAUAACAUAUUUAUUGUUACAAAAGUGAUUUUAUUGAUAUGUAGAUACUCCCUUUUUAGCUCAUCUUCUUUUUGAAUUUAAUGUUUAAAUAAUACUUAUACUUAUUCAUCGGGUUCAUUUGUCAUAUCAAAGGAUAUACAGAUAUACACACAUAAUGAGCUAUCUUUUAUCAAUAGAAUUAUGUUUAAUUGAAAGAAAAUGAUGAGUGUGCGUUAACUCGACCAGUGCAUAUAUACAGUAGACAUAUAUCAGAUAACAACCGAAUGUUUAUUUCUUACAAUAUGUGUGUGCGAUAAAAAAUAAAGACACUGUUUGUCAAAACAUUUGUGAUAAAUGAUCAUAGAAGUUUUGAAACACCAUAACUAUAUUGUUUUUAAAAGGGUUAUUGUAUCUUUUGCCAAUUCAGCUUUACAGCCUUGCAGAUCAUUUCUUUCAUUUUAGAUUAUGCCAAAUAUAUAUCAAUAACAAUUACUGUACCAUUGUUUUAUCAUUGUUUCCUAUCUUACAUGUUUAUAUAUAUUUCUUUUUACUGUUUGAUAUUUUUGCUGGUCAAAAUGUCAUUUCAUAUUUUUACAUUCAUUUGUUUACUAUUUUCCUAAAUAAAAUGCUAACUACUUACAA